CUCCACCCGAUCCGCCCCUACACCUGCACGUUUCCGAAAGCCCCAAACGUGUAGAUAAGAAGAUUCGAAAUUCAAUCACAUUGCGCCUCGAAAAUCUGAUCACACCAUCCCCAUCUACCGCGAAGUGAAUCUUGAGAUCUAGCCCACCAUGUCUGCAUCACCGCAGCCAGGUCAAUCGACCAAGCGCCCUCUUGAAGAGGCCUCGUCACCUUCCCGGAACGACCAACCCGAUGCAAAGCGCCCAGCUCUGGAUAAAGUUAUGAGGAACGACGACGGGGCGAAAGAGGAGACCACAGAAACCAACGGCGCCGCGGCCUCGGAACAAGCUCCUGCUACCGCUGCUGCUCCUGCUGCGCCGGAAUCCAAUGGCACCACGAAGGCAAACGGAGAGAAGUCGGAACCCACAGAUGGCCAAGGAGACAUCAUUGUUCCAGAUGCUCCCGAUGUUACCGAUGCCGCCGAUGUGAAGCCGAUUACCACCUCCACCAUCGGAAGCGCUCCCCAGACCCAGGCAAACCCUCCUGCCAAUGCGCAUGAUGAAACUGCCUGGAUCCACAUCAGAGCUGUCAUCUCCAGCCCAGAGGCCGCCACCAUAAUCGGCAAGGGUGGCGAGAAUGUCACCAAGAUCAGAAUGAUGUCCGGAGCCAAAUGCACCGUCAGCGACUACCAGAAGGGAGCAGUUGAGCGCAUUCUGACCGUCAGCGGUGUUGUUGACGCGGCUGCGAAGGCGUUUGGCUUGAUCAUCCGCACACUGAACAAUGAGCCCUUGCCCGAGCCUUCAAGUGCCCACUCCAAGACGUAUCCUCUUCGCCUCCUUAUUCCGCACGUCCUGAUCGGCUCCAUCAUUGGAAAAGGCGGCAGCAGGAUCAAGGAGAUUCAGGAAGCGUCGGGUGCCCGUCUUAAUGCGUCGGACUCGUGCCUCCCCCUGUCCACCGAGCGCUCGCUUGUGGUAAUGGGUGUUGCCGACGCCGUCCACAUCGCCACGUACUACGUUGGAAGCACCCUUCUGGAGCAGUUGAACGAGCGCUUUGGCGGCCCUGCUGCAUCUGCAUACGCGACUCGCAGUGGUGGCCCUGCCGGUGCUGUUCCCGGCGGCAUGCAGGUGAUCCCAUAUCUCCCUCAGCCCGCCGGUGGCAACUACGGCAAUCGGGACAACUACAAUAGGCGCCACGACCCCAGGGCUCAACAAAUGCCUCCUAAUCCCUAUGCCCAGCAUCACGGACACCCCCAUCAGGUGCAGCCGAGCGCUGCCGUCCCCAUCCACUAUGGGGCCCAGGUUGGCGGCUCCUACGGUGCGCCCACCCACAUGUCGCCACACGCGGCUGGACACGCCGGCGUGCCGGCUCAUCCCGGACCGCAGGGCCAGCCUGUGCAUGGUGGCGCAGUCGCCGGGGCUCCCCUCACCCAGCAGAUAUUCAUCCCCAAUGACAUGGUCGGGGCAAUCAUCGGCAAGGGUGGCCAGAAGAUCAACGAGAUUCGGCAAAUCAGCGGCAGCGUCAUCAAGAUUAAUGAGCCGCAGGAUAACAGCAAUGAGCGCUUGGUGACCAUCACCGGAACAGAGGAAUGCAACCGCAUGGCGCUCUACAUGCUCUACUCGCGACUGGAGAGCGAGAAGCAUCGAAUCUAGCCUCUUACCAGAGUUCUCUAUUGAGACCCGGCAUCUAAUUGACGAUGGGAGGGUUUCC